UCAGUUUUUGCCAACUCUUACCGUCUGUGGUCUGUCGGUGAGGAAGUCCAGUAACCAGUUGCAUAGUGGGGUGCUGAUGCCUAUUUCGCCGAGUUUAUUCACCAGGUGUUGGGGGAUGACUGUGUUGAAGGCGGAGCUGAAGUCGAUAAACAGCAUCCGCACGUAACUGUUAUUGUUUUCCAGAUGAGCCAGGCUUAGGUGGAGUGCUGUUGCUAUGGCAUCAUCAGUGGAACGGUUAGGACAGUACGCAAACUGGAAUGGGUCAAGUGUAGAGGGGAGACUGGAUGUUAUGUGGGCCUUGACCAACCUUUCAAAGCACUUCAUCAUGAUGGACGUGAGUGCUAUGGGCCGGUAAUCGUUCAGUGUUGAGGCACUGUGAAUCUUCGCUGCAUCCUUUCCAGCUUGACAACAUCUUUCCUAUAACAUGGUGCCCAGAACUGAACACAACACGGCCUCACAAAUAUGUCCUCACCAUCGUCUUAUGUAACUGCAACAUAAUCAAUACAUUAUAGAAUCAAUAUAUAUUAUUUAAUAGAAUCGACAAUAAAUUAGUAAGAGUGUCAGGGGUUAUGUGGAGAAGGCAGGAGAAUAGGGUUGAGAGGGAAAGAUAGAUCAGCCAUGAUUGAAUGGUGGUGUCGACUUGAUGAGCCAGAUUACCUAAUUCGGCUCCUAAAACUACCACUCCGAUAAUGGCCAAUGUACCAAAAUUCUUUGUGACCACUCUAUCCACCUGUGACAGCAAGUAUAAUGAGAAUUGUGCUUACUUUAAUCAGUAAGUGUGUACAUUAAGAGAUGUGUUGAUUUAUUUGUUGCCUUAGCAUCCCAGGUGAGGAAAUUGCUUGAGGCCAGAAUCCUCAAUGAUAUUUCAAUGUACGCUCCACUUGCAGUUUGGAGAGAUGAUAUUCCUGUGAGAAUCCCAGAGAUGGAUACAAUUGAAUUAACGGUAGUUGACCAUGUGGGUAUUGUCAGCCUAUAUAAAGCGGCACAAGUAUCUUUGUGUAUACAAGACGCGGUGUCUUUCCACACUUGGAUAUGUAUCGCCUGGUGGUCUUGGUUGCUCUCCCGUUUCUGGGGGUAGCCGACUCGACCUGCAAACGUUUUGCACAUUUUGACUUGCCCGAACUGUCUGAGGACGGAGACGUUGUUAUCGGAGGUGUGUUCCCAAUCUACAACAAGGCUUUGGAGGAAAAGCACUCUUUUAAAACCAAACCUACACCUUCACGCUGUGUCAGCUUUGACCUCAGGGCGUUUCGCUGGACACAGGUUAUGAUCUUUGCCAUAAAGGAGAUAAACCGGGAUCACACGCUCCUGCCAAACAUCACGCUGGGGUACAGGAUCCACGAUUCCUGUGCCUCGCCCUCGCAGUCUGUGAGAGCGGCCCUCACGUUGAUUAGCGGACAGGAAACAAGCAGCCCUGACUUUAAAUGCACGGGAGCCCCUCCAGUGCCCGUCAUCAUCGGAGAGUCGGGAUCAUCCCAAUCGAUAUCCAUUUCAAGAGCAGUCGCACCCUUUGGAGUCUCAAUGGUUAGUUAUUUCUCUACCUGUGCAUGCCUUAGCAACAAGCAGGAAUACCCAACAUUUUUUAGAACAGUCCCAAGCGACUUAUUUCAAUCCAAGGCUUUAGCUCAGCUGGUGAAGUACUUUGGCUGGACUUGGAUUGGAACCAUUGCCGCAGACAAUGAUUAUGGCCAGUAUGGGGUCCAAGCAUUCAGUGAGCAGGUGAAGGAAGCUGGGGCCUGCAUCGCUUUUUCAGAAACGGUUCUCAGAACAUACCCCAAGGAGAGGAUCCUCAAGAUCGUAGGGACCAUAAAAAGGUCGACUGCCAAGGUCAUCCUGGCCUUCGCCACCGAGGGCGACCUUUACCCUCUGCUGAGAGAAAUUGUCCAUCAGAACAUCACCGGGAUUCAGUGGAUAGCGAGUGAGGCUUGGAUUACAGCAUCGAGACCUUCCAGCAAGCACAAUUUCCAAUCUCUCGGGGGCACGAUUGGAUUUGCAAGCCACAAAAUGAAAAUCCCCGAAUUUGGAAGAUUCCUCUCAAGUCUACGCCCUUCAAAUUCAACUGGGAGCUUCCUGGAUGCUUUCUGGGAGACACUGUUUGAUUGCUCUUUUAAAGCAGAAAUGCACGACUCUGCAUUUAACACUGCAAAAUGCUCGGGUCAAGAGGACUUGCAGAGGGUGAAUCACUCCUUCUUUGACAUCAAUCAAUUGCGAGUGACUUAUAACGUCUACAAAGGAGUUUAUGCCAUCGCGCAUGGCCUCCAUAAUUUGCUAUUUUGUCCAGAUAAAUUAUUGGGAGCUAAUCUCUGCGCCAACGUUUCAAAUAUUGAUCCAUGGCAGCUAUUUCAUCACUUGAAAGAUGUAAGAUUCACCAACCGUCUUGGAGAACAAGUAUAUUUUGAUCCCAACGGCGAUCCACCUGCAUCAUACGAUAUCAUAAACUGGCAGAUGAAUGACAAGGGCUUGGUUCAACAUGUAACAGUCGGCUAUUUUGACACAUCUGCGGCACUGGGAAAAGAGUUUGUGAUAAAUGAAGAUAUUAUUCUCUGGCAUGGGAACCAAAGAACAGUCCCACAGUCCAUCUGCAGUGAACAUUGCCCACCUGGCACUCGAAAAGCUGCACAAGAUGGACAACCUAUUUGCUGCUUUGACUGCAUCUUGUGUGCCGAAGGUGAAAUCAGCAACUCAACAGAUUCAAUAGAAUGCAUGAAGUGCCCCUUGGAAUAUUGGUCCAGUCAGGACAGACAACAGUGUGUAGAUAAAGACAUUGAGUUCCUUUCGUUUGAUGAUACGAUGGGAAUAAUACUGGGGGCUGUGGCGUUGCUUGGCACGUUGAACACUCUCGUUAUUGCAUCUCUCUUCCUGUACCACAAGGAUACGCCCAUCGUCAAGGGCAAUAAUGCUGAGCUCAGUUUCCUGCUGCUGUUUUCCCUGGGACUUUGCUUCCUGUGCUCGCUCACCUUCAUCGGCCGCCCUUCCCACUGGUCCUGCGCACUGCGGCACACUCUUUUCGGGAUCGCGUUUGCCCUCUGCGUAUCCUGCCUGCUGGUCAAGACUGUUGUGGUGCUAUCGGCCUUUAAGGCGACUGGCCCCCAGACGAGGACAAUGAAGUGGUUCGGAGCUGCCCAGCAAAGACUCAUCGUUUGUGGGUGCACCCUCCUCCAAAUUCUGAUCUGCGUCACCUGGCUUGCCAUGGCACCACCCUUCCCAUCGAAGAACAUGAGAUACCACAACACAAAGAUUCUGCUGGAGUGUGAUGUAGGAUCUCCAAUAGCUUUCUACUGCGUAUUGGGCUACAUCGGUGUUUUGUCCGGCUUGUGUUUUGUGCUGGCUUUUCUAGCUAGGGAGCUCCCUGGGAAAUUCAAUGAGGCCAAACUCAUAACCUUCAGCAUGAUCAUCUUCUGUGCUGUUUGGCUGACCUUCAUUCCAGCCUACGUCAGCUCACCGGGAAAGUACACCGUUGCCGUUGAAAUCUUUGCUAUUCUGUCCUCCAGCUUUGGUUUGCUUUUCUGCAUUUUCGUUCCCAAGUGCUACAUUAUCUUGUUCAAACCAGAGGAAAAUACCAAGAAGGGCUUGAUGGGGAAAGGCACUUUCAAAAAGAGUUAACAGGGAAGCCACAUAUGCUAAUGUCAUCCAUCCCUUCAGAAAGGCUUUAGAGAAGAGACAUUGACACUUGGAACCAUCAAGAUCCUCCUCACUAGUUAUUUUUGAGUGAAAGAUACAGCGUGGAAACCCACGCCGACCAUCGAUCUCCCGUUCACACUAGUUCUUUUAUCCCACUUUCAAAUCCGCUCCCUACACAUUAGGGGCAAUUUACAGAGGGUCAAUUAAUCUACAAACCCGCACGUCUUUCUGAUUUCCGCCCAAAUAUGAUGCCAGGACCAUCUCUUAUCUACUUACGCAUAUUCCAUUUCCCUUCAUUCCCUGCAUAUCCAUGGGUCUAUCCAAAAGCCUCUUUAAUACCACUAUCGUAUCUGCCUCCACCACCACCCCUGGCAGCGUGUUCCAGGCACCCACCACUCAAUGCAAAAACUUGUCCUGCACAUCUUUAAAAUUUACCACUCUCACCUUAAAGCUGUGCUCUCUAGCAUUUAAUUUCUCCAUCCUGGAAAAGGUUCUGACUGUCUACCUCAUCUAUUGUUUUAUGUUGAAUUUAUUGUCAAUAUGCACGUUCAGUGAGGUACAGGUACAUCGAACAUCUUGCUUGCAGCAGCUUCACAGGCACAUAGCCUCAGAUGAACACACAAAAUUAUACUUAGAUUACACAGAAAAUUGUGCAAGGCAGUAAUGAGAAACAAGCCUGUGCAACAAAGUGACAAUGCGAAAACCACAAUUAGAAAACAAGCUCACAGUAGUGGAAGAGGUGCUCCGUGGUGUUCCAUGGCCAAGGUAGGAUUAGCGUUGUGUGGGUCGGAUUAACAACCUGAUGGUUGCAGGAAAGUCGCUGUUCCUGAACCUGGUGGUGUGGGACUUCAUGCUUCUGUACCUCCUGCUCGACAGUAGCAGUGAGAAAAAGGCACGGCCCGAAAGGUGGGGAUCCCUUAUGGUAGAUAUGAUAGAUUCUGCCUACUUUGGUUGGUAUUUUGAUAUCCAAUUCCAAUAUGUACCGUGUACUGCAAUAUGUCAAAUCUGGUAAUAAAGGUGAUUAUUUCAUUUAAUACUUCAUUAAUACGACCAUUAAUUAGCCAUAUGAUGAUUCAUUUCAUAAUUUACUAUACUUUUGUCAAUAUAACAAUGAAAGCUGCAAUGAUAAUUGAUGCAACACAAUAGACAACCUUCUAUUCUCUGUAGAAGCAAAGAACUGCAGAUGCUAGUAAGUCAUGGAAUGCCACAAAGUGCUGGAGUAUCUCAGCUGGUCAGGCAGCAUCCCUGGAGAACAUGGAUAGGUGAUGUUUCAGGUCUGGACUCCUAUAUUCACUAAAUUACUUAUUUCAAUAUGAUUGAAAAUACAGUGAAUAUAGUUUGUGCUAAAUGGGGCAGGUUUGAAUGGUUGAAGGUAAAGACUUUGUUCUUUCGAUCAAUAGGCAUGUAUUAAGUAUCCAGAGAAAUUGAAUUAAACUUAUGCUUUGAACGACAGAUUGAUUUUCUUUGUUAUGUAUCAAUAUGCAUUUGCCAUUCAAUUUGUUUUUCCUUUCUUGUACACUUCAUUUUUUUUGAAGACCCGGGUUCACUGAAGCCAAUUCUAACUUCCCCAUGGUUUCUGUAGCCUCUUUGUCUCCUCUCACUCUAGUUUAGUUUAGUUCAUUGUCACGCGUACAGUGAAAAGCUUUUUUAUUCCGUGCUAUUUUAUUGAGUCAGUGACAAGUCAUGUGUCCACAAUUCUCCGUAUUAUCUUGCGGUUUUGGAUGGUACUGUCCCCAAUCCAUGUUGUGAUGUAU